GCCAUCAUACCAGAUUUAAUGCUCUCUGUUUGUCAAUCAAUAAAGCGUUAGAUUGCAAAACAACGAGCUUUCAUAUGGAGCCAAAUUUUGGGUAGGGAUCCGAAGGGCCAAAGCCAAAUUCACAAGCCUGAAUAGCAUAGGAGUUGGGCGCUUGAUUUAGUGGUAUGGACUGGGGCUUAUUCGGUUAUUACUGCGAACGGCCGCUUAAACCGCAAACCGCAAACUGUAAAACAAGCAAUAUUACUAAUCGCUCCCACAAAGUAGUAUGUUUUUCGAUUUGUAGUUAACCGCUAACUGUGAGUUUUGAUGAGGUUAUCGGUUAAACCAUAAAUGUAUUUCUAGCCCAACUUCCAGGACUAUUGCAGACUCGUGACUAAACAAGAUCACGAGACAGUACAUGCCAAAGGAAAACGACGCAUGUAGUUAACCGCUAAACGUCAGUCAAAGUUAACAGAGACUAACGGAGAGUGACCAAACUUGAACUGAUGAACUAAUUUAAGUGACUACGGAUAGAAUAAAGUAAUUCUAGUGGCAAAUAUGAAAAUUUUAAGUAAUUCCAGUGACCAAAUGGAAUUAAGCCGAACCCAAUUCAUUAGGCGAUUUUACAAGUAUGAAUGGUUCAACCGUUACGAGUUAUACAUAAAAUAAAAAUACCCUAUUAUAAAUUUAUUCGAUAAAAUCUAUGAUAAUUGUUUUACGAUUUCUGAUUAGUCGAUGAAUUGAUCGUGUCAGGAUUUCAUUUUAAGAUAUUGUGAUCAUUUCAACCAGUGAGGAGGCCUACUAGACUAAGAGAAGAGUCAAGUAUAACGGUUGAUUAGAAAGAAAAUUGAGAAGAGAUAAAGAUUGAAUCGAGUAUGAGUUCACAAAGAAUUGAGAUAGAAUUGUGAAGAGAUAAAGGGCAUUUGCUAACUUUUCCAUAUCUACUUAGUGGUUUUCCUCCACUUUGUGUCUGAUCUAGGGUUCUAAAUCCUGUUUGACCUUGCUUUAUAUGGGUUCGAAAGUUGCAGGUUGGAGUGCCUUUAUUUGAGAUCUUAAGUUGGGGGUUCUAUUCGUUGUUGGUGGAUUUAUAUUUUCUAGUAAGUAUAUUCGCUAUUUUCCCCUUUUGUCUUUCUUUGGUACGCUUGUGUGCUUCCUUUUUUCAGGCGAAUGAAGUGGGUGAUGGUGUCUUUUUUGCUUGACGUUGGGUGUUAUUCUGCGGUUUUUGGGAGAUUUUGAAGGUGUUUCUUCGUUUAUCCGAGUCCUGGUUCGCCUUUUCUUUGGCUCCCUCGACCUUGUUCAACUCAUAGCAUUCUGAUUUUACUCCUGUCCACCGUCUAGUAAUCCCCCUCAUGAGAUUCACUACGAUGGGUCGUUUCUGAGUGCACUCUAAGUGGUGGCUUAUGAUGUUGCAUGUAGGGCUGCAAACGAGCCGAGUCGAGUCGAGUUUUUGUUUAGUUUGACCUCGGCUCGUUUAUUAAUUUUUUAGCUCGAGCUCGGCUCGAACUCGAAUUUUAAUAAUCUAGCUCGAGCUCGAGCUCGGCUUGAAUAAAAAUAAUCUAGCUCGAGCUCGACUCGGUAGAGCUCGAUAAAUGCUCAUUAACUUAGCUUGUCAAGCUAAGUACAAGCUCGGCUGAAGAUGAGCUUGAUUUAAAAUCAUUCUUGCUUGAAAAAUGUGUAAACAUAAGAAUUUAAAUGAUAGAAAGAACACUAAAAACUAUAAAUAACAUCUAAAUUUCAUACACAUUUGUAUUAACAAGACAAUGUUCAUGUUUAAAAGAGUAAUUCAUCCUUCCACAAGCUCUAAACAAGGCAGCUCGCGAGCUUAGCUCACCAAGCCACCGAAUCAAGCUAGCUCGCGAGCUUAUCAAGCUGAGCAUGGUCUAGCUCAAGCUUGGCUCGUUAACUAACGAGUUGGCUCGCGAGCCGGCUUGUUAAAUAACGAGUCGAGUGUCGAACGAGUUUUUUACGAUUCGAACGCCGAGUUGCUCGCGAACGGCUUGGCUCAUUUGCAGCCCUAGUUGCAUGUUCAAUGGCCAUGGUCCUGUUUGUAUCGUGCGAGUUGAUGCCUUGCUUAGUGCUUACUCAGACUGAUGCGGAGGUAGGGGGCUUAUCAUUCUAAAGUAUUCGAACAAACUAUGGGUGCAGAUAAUCUUUGGUGUAGCGAUACUAUCGCUUCUUUUCAUUUUCAACCAUGUUUGGAUCUCAAAGUAUACUUCCCCUUGGUACUUUGGUAGACCUCUUGUCCAAAAAAUAAAAAUAAAAAUAAAAACAAAGCGAUAAACAGAGAUUUCAUCGAUAGCCCAAUCAAUUCAAAGCCUCAGCUAAUCUAAUUGAGCGUUAAAACAGGCCCAAUGUUCAGCCCGCAUAUUGAGUUCACGAACCGGGCCCAAAAUGGCCUAAAAGAAGCCCAGCUUUCGCGAAACGAAGGAUUCUCCCAUUUCGCUCGAAAAGAUUCCCCUGCAAUUUCUUCCCCUCUCACUCUCAUCCAUUCGGAAAUGGAAAAAGUCGAAUUGUCGAAAUGAAAUCUGCUGAGCUCUUCUUCUUCCUUCCUUCCACUCUGAAAAUUCAAUCAAUCCGCCAUUGAUUUUCUCCAUUCUCAACCGUUUCACCCUCCCAAGCUUCACCAGCAAUGCUGUCUCUCAAACCGCUCCCGCCGAACCACAACCCUUCACUCCUUCAUUCCUUAACCCCAUUCACUCCGCCCUUCCCCAGAACCCAAACCCUAAAACCCUCGAAGCACGCCUCGCCGCCGUCGGCGAUCCAAUCGGCGCUCCAGUGGAACAGGAAGCCCGAGCUAGCCGGAGAGACCCCGCGCGUGGUCGUCAUUACCUCGGGAAAGGGUGGCGUCGGGAAGACAACCACCACCGCCAACAUCGGCAUCUCCCUCGCCCGUCUAGGGUUCUCCGUCGUCGCCGUCGACUGCGACGUCGGCCUCCGCAACCUCGACCUCCUCCUGGGGCUCGAGAAUCGCGUCAACUACACCUUAGUCGAGGUCCUCAAUGGCGACUGCCGACUGGACCAAGCCCUGGUCCGCGACAAGCGCUGGUCCAAUUUCGAGCUCCUCUGCAUUUCCAAGCCUCGAUCCAAGCUUCCCCUCGGAUUCGGCGGCAAAGCCCUGGUCUGGCUCGUCGACUCCCUCAAACAAAGACCCGAAGGCUCCCCACAAUUCAUCCUCAUUGACUGCCCCGCCGGAAUUGACGCCGGGUUCAUUACUGCCAUCACGCCAGCAAACGAGGCCGUGCUGGUGACGACUCCGGACAUCACGAGCCUGCGCGAUGCAGAUCGGGUGACCGGCUUGCUGGAAUGCGAUGGGAUUAGGGAUAUAAAGAUGAUUGUGAACAGGGUUAGGACUGAUAUGAUAAAGGGAGAGGAUAUGAUGUCUGUUCUGGACGUUCAGGAAAUGCUGGGGUUGGCAUUGUUGGGAGCCAUACCCGAGGACUCGGAGGUGAUCAGGAGCACCAAUCGAGGGUACCCUCUGGUGUUGAACAAGCCUCCAACUAUGGCCGGAUUGGCAUUCGAGCAGGCGGCUUGGAGGCUUGUUGAGCAGGAUAGUAUGCAGGCUGUUUUGGUGGAGGAAGAGCCCAAGAGAAGAGGGUUGUUCUCCUUCUUUGGUGGGUAGUAAUGAGUUUUCUAAUGGCAUGUGGUUCCGGUAAUGAGAUGGCUAUGGAGUUGGGGAUGGAAAGCUAGGUGGGUGAUCAUUGAUGGGAUUCAAGGAGAAGCAGUGUACAGGGUAGCAGUGAUGUUCAUUUUUUGCUUUUUUUUUUCUUUUACUUCCGUCGUAGUUAUUUCCAUUGUUUGUAGUGUUGGAGUGUGGUGCUGCUAAAACUGCAGCCUUCCACGUUUUGGUUGUUCUUUUGGUAGCUGAUUGUGGUUAUUAUUCUUUUUUUAGCGAAGUGGCAGGAACUCUUUCUUUUGUUCUGGAUAAUGAAAGUGGAUCAUGUUAUCAAUGUGAUUGAGUUAAAGCUUGCCUUCUUAUUUAAGUUCAUGGAGUAGGAUUACCUUGAGAACAUGGAGUACCCUCUGGCUUUAUAUUGCAAGCCUUUUAAGGUUUAACACAUGGGUAAUUGCUUGCUUCUGAAGGCAAAAUUCAUUGAACAAGCUACAGAGUGUGCAUGGUUCUACCCUCCCACUUCUAUCGAUGCUUUUGCAUUUCGUGUGAAACCAAAGUGGUAUAUUUACUGCUCACAAGGUGCAGUGCACAUAAUUGCACAAGAAAGUGAAACUGUACCGGUUCGUUCAAGCGUCUGGAGACUGGAAGAAGACCCGUGAAUCUUGGAGGAAACAAUGUGAGGGGUUGGUGAACAAUAUAUGAAUUUGUUGCAACUAUGAAGUUGAGGGCUGUUAUGAGCCUUUUUCUGUACCCACAUAGCCCGGAAAUUGUCUACUUCAGUCCGGUUGCUCGUUACAUAUAUGUAUGCCAUAUUCUGCUGCUAUUUGAGAAGGGAAGAGCUAGUUCUUCGGUAAAACUCAAAUGGCAGCCUGAUGUCCCAUCACCUUCAGGUGUUCCAGCCAAGGGUUUCUUGCUGGGCUAGGGCUACUCCAAUUCCAAGGUAAAAGGGUUGCAAGGUAGCUAUUGGGUUCUGAGCAAUGACUCCCUCUCUAUUUUCUGGUUUCUGUUCUUAUAGUUCAUCUCAUUUCUGUUGUGGCUGGUAUAGUUGCUCCGACUGGUAGCUGUCUGUUCAUUCGCUGCAGCCUGGUAUGUCUGUUAGUCCUCUAGAGGUUUUGCUGACUUAAUGUCAUGUAUUUGUUUCCUGUUUUCUGGAUUGAUCAUGUUCUGAAAUCGGUCUUCUCCAAGGAUAAUGUAGAACAUGUCACUGCAGAGGAAACUCUGAAGUCUGAACAUGCUGGCUGAAAUCAUUCAGUAGAGUAAGAAGGAAAUCGACAAGGAUGUUAUAGGAGAAGGGCAGCAGCCUCGUUCUACAAAAUUUUUUUACAAUGAAUGGGAUGUACUGGAAACUGAUUUGAAUGAUUUAGAGCUCAUAUGGCCACUCUUGACGGACAGACUUCCGAAUUGAAGCAGGCACUUCUCCACGAAACAGCAGAGCUUUGUUAUCCUCCUCCAGGUUUGUAAGAGUAGCAAAAUCUGUGUACAGUGAAGCAGUGAAAUUCAUUUGUUGCCUUCUCUUCUAAUGAUGGCAUUCAAAGAGUCUUUAUUUUUUUUGCCAUCUCUCCUGUACACAGUUUUCCUCUCCAUCACAAAGCUAAUCAACACUUACUCCAUCUUUUUCUCUUCUCUCCAAAAAAACAACACUUAGCUGGCUCUCUCCAUCAAACAUAGACCGAGCCCCGUCUCUCACAAUUUAGGGAUAAAAGGUUACUUUUACACUUUGCAACUGGGUUUUAGUUAGACUUAAUUUUAAGAUUCAUCGUUGAAGUUGUGAGUUUCAUUCUAUGUGCCUUUGGUUCCUCAUGUUCAAUUAGUUAGUAUUUGACUCAUUGCUAUCAUUUGUAAUCCUAUCAUUUGCUAUCAUUUGUAAUCCAAUUACUUGGAUAACAAGUAGAAGGCCUCAGAAAACAUUCAGGCAAUUAGUAUUUAGCCUGGGACAUAACUGGGAAGUGACACUUGAAAAGUGCAUCCAUGGAGGUGGCAACUGAGCAUUCAAUUGGCGGUGGCUACAUCUAAAAUAUCUAAUCUGUCCAUUUUAUCUGACACCCUCUAAUUCAAUCAUAGACCAAAAUCCCAUGAAUCGUGGGAUGUCAACUAUUUCUACAUAUUGAGCUCAUCAUUGGAAGUGAGUCUAUUACAUGUCUACAUAUUGAGUUGAAGCAAAUAACAUCAGGGCUGGCUACAAAAACCGAACCCACGGGUACCCACCCGACCCAAUUCGGUCAAUGUUGGUAUAAUUCGUGUUGACGGGUUUUGGGCCGGGUUUGGGUUUAAACCAGUUCACUAUUAACCGAGUUGGGUUUGGGUUUAGGUAAACCCGACCCAUGGGUACCCGCCUACACCCAUAUAAUUAAUUUCUUCGAUAUAUUUAAUAUUCUAAACAACUAAUCUUAUUUAUAUUUGUGGAGACAUGUCUAAUUUUUUCUUUCUGAUUGUGUAGAAUGAAGUUGAUGUUAUCGAGUGGAGAGUGAAGAAACUUAAUUGAAAGGAAGAAGCUUUCAAUUAAUCAUGUUAUUUAUGGAUAAUUUGUGAUUUGCUUCAAUUUUCUUGAGUUUUCUAAAUUGGUGUUGAACAAUUUAUAUAGUUAAUUUGUGAUUUGCUUGAAUUUUCUAGAAUGGUGUUUUAUAUAUGGAUAUUUUCUAUUGAGAGAUUGAUAUUUGACUUUAAUUUUGAUAGGAACUUGUUAUUGUAAAUUUUUUAUGAGCAAAACCCGUGGGUACCCAUGAACCCGCGGAAACCCAACGGGUUGGGUUGGGUUUGAGUUUUUCAAACCCAGUUGGUUUUACUUUUACCCCAUUUUUUUUCACGGAUAAACCCAUAGGUUUGGGUUUGGGUUUGGCAAAACCCGACCCAUUGCCAUCCCUAAAUAACAUCUACUCUCGUUCUCAAAUGACCUUAUAUACUUGUUUCGCUUAAUAAUAAUAAAUAUUCGAAUUUACUUUAGAUGAUUGCGUUGUUUUUUGAGAAACUCGCGAGACAUGAAAAACUAGUCUUUGCCAUGAGUAGGAUUGUCUGAUUAGUGAGGUGGGCAACCAAACCCGAACCCACGAGUACCCACCCGACCCAACCCGGUCAACGCGGGUAAAAUCCGUGUUGACGGGUUUUGGGUCGGGUUUGGGUUUAAACCUGUUCACUAUUCAUCGGGUUGGGUUGGGUUUGGGUUUAGGUAAACCCGACUCGUGGGUACCCUCCCACACAUAUAAUUAAUUUUCUCGGUAUAUUUAAUAUUUUAAACAACUAAUCUUAUUUAUGUUUGUGGAGACAUGUCUAAUUUUUUCUUUCUAAUUGUGUAGAAUGAAGUUUGUGUUAUCGAGUGGAGAGUGAAGAAACUUAAUUGAAAGGAAGAAGCCUUCAAUUAAUAUGUUAUUUAUGGAUAAUUUAUGAUUUACUUCAAUUUUCUUGAGUUUUCUAGAUUGGUGUUGAACAAUUUGUAUAGUUAAUUUGUGAUUUGCUUGAAUUUUCUAGAUUGGUGUUUUAAAUAUGGAUAAUUUGUAUUGAGAGAUUGAUAUUUGACUUUAAUUUUGAUAGGAACUUGUUAUUGUAAAUUUUUUACGACAAAAACCCGUGGGUACCCAUGAACCCGCGGAUACCCAGCGGGUUGGGUUGGGUUUGAGUUUUUCAAACCCAGUGGGUUUUUUCACGGAUAAACCUAUGGGUUUGGGUUUGGUAAAACCCGACCCAUUGCCAUACGUAAAUAACAUCUACUCUCGUUCUCAAAUGACCUUAUAUACUUGUUUCGCUUAAUAAUGAUAAAGAUUCGAA